AUGACUGAAGGGAAGAAACCAAACUUUUUAAUUAUUGUUGCAGAUGACUUGGGGUUCACCGAUUUGAGCGCAUUCGGUGGAGAGAUCCAUACGCCUAACCUCAAAAAAUUGGGAGAUAGGGGUAUCAGGUUUACUGAUUUCCAUACAGCCCUGGCCUGUUCUCCAACCCGCUCGAUGCUUUUCUCGGGGACAGAUAACCACAUUGCAGGAUUGGGCCAAAUGGCAGAAUUUGUGAAUAGACAUCCACAAACAUUUGGAGGGAAGCCUGGGUACGAAGGGUACUUAAAUGAGAGAGUUGCAGCUCUCCCGGAAAUCCUUCAAGAUGACGGGUACUUCACCUUCAUCUCUGGCAAGUGGCACUUGGGUUUAUUGCCAGAGUAUUGGCCCAUCAAGAGAGGCUUUGAGAAGUCAUUCACUCUAUUGCCUGGUGCUGGGAAUCACUUCAAGUAUAUUCCCAGAGAUGAGAAUGGCGAAGAGCUCAAGUUUUCGCCAUGGUUGUACGUUGAAGAUGACAGAAAGAUCGAUGCAGACAAGGAAUUCCCUGAAGAUUUCUAUUCUACCGACUACUAUACUGACAAAGGGAUUGAAUUUAUCACCGACCCUGACAUACGUAAAGGUAGACCAUUUUUUGGUUGUUUAACGUACACGGCUCCACAUUGGCCUUAUCAGGCGCCAGCUGACAGAAUCGCCAAAUACAAGGGUAAGUAUGACGAUGGGCCAGAAGAAUUGAGGAAAAGACGUUUAGAACAAGCUCUCAAGGCUGGGAUUAUCCCAGAUGGGGUUGAACCACAUAAGAUGCAAUCCCACAGGGAUAGAAGGUGGCACGAGCUCUCUGAUACCGAAAGACAAGUAGAGGCAAGAAUCAUGGAGACUUACGCUGCCAUGGUUGAAAUUUUAGAUGAGAACAUUGGUAGAGUAGUUACCAAGUUAGAGGAAACCGGCGAACUAGACAACACUUUCAUUUUGUUCAUGUCGGACAAUGGUGCUGAGGGUAUGUUGAUGGAGGCUCUUCCAUUGACGAUCCUUCGUAUUAGAGAUGUAGUGAAGAAAUACUACAACAAUGCCUUGGAUAACAUUGGAAAGAAGGACUCCUGGGUUUACUAUGGAGACCAAUGGGCCCAGGCUGCAACCGCACCGUCCUAUAUGUACAAGAUGUGGGCUUCUGAGGGUGGUAUUAGAUGCCCCUUGAUCAUUCAUUACCCUCCGCUACACAACGAUAGCAAGAAGCAAUUUAUAUCCAAGACUUUCACUACGGUCAUGGACAUUUUGCCUACAGUAUUAGAAUUAGCUCAAGUAGAACAUCCUGGAACUUCAUACAAAGGCAGAACCGUCGUCAAGCCAAAGGGAAAAUCUUGGGUCCCGUAUUUGCAAGAUAAAGCUGAUGAGGUUCAUCUGGAAGAGACUGUUACCGGUUGGGAACUAUUUGGACAACAGGCGAUUAGGAAGGGGCCAUAUAAGGCACUCUACAUUCCCAAGCCAUUUGGCCCUGCUGAGUGGCAGUUGUUCCAUAUCAGGAAUGAUCCCGGCGAAACAAGAGAUUUGGCGAAAGAGGAACCUGAGAAGUUGCAAAUAAUGUUGGACCAUUGGGCUGAAUAUGUUGCAGAAACCGGGUUGAUUGAAUUUGGAUCUGACUUCUACGAUGGUGAAACCAUUGAAGGUGAGGAAGAUAAUGUACUGUACAUCACCUGUGAAUAG